ACCCGUACCGUUGUGUACCAGGCGCUAAAUUGCGUGUGAUUGACGGCCUUGUGCCAUUCCCCGAGUGGUACGGCUGUACGGUAGGCGGAUAUAUCUUUGCUGCUAACGCGCUGUGUUUAUACUAUUGAAACAUAAUUUCUAGGCGCACUUGACGGACUUAUAAUUUUUUAUUUGGAUCGUCAGUUUUGCAUGAAGUUUGUAGAGUAAAUAAUGGCUGACAUUAAACAGGAAUUGAAAAGUGCCGACGAUCAACAAAACUACGCGGGAAGUAACAGCAAUGAUCCAAAAAAUGUGCAGGAGUUAACCCAAUACGUGCAGACACUGCUUCAGGGCAUGCAAGACAAGUUCCAGACCAUGUCUGACCAGAUCAUCACCAGAAUCGACGAGAUGGGCAACCGGAUAGACGACCUGGAGAAGAACAUAGCCGACCUCAUGACCCAGGCGGGCGUCGAGGGACCGGACAAGUAGACCCGCUCUCUCACCAAAUAAUUGUUUUUGUGUAUUUCUUUGUAUUGUGUUUCUCACGUUAAUGAGCAGCGAACUCUUGCGAUUCCUAGAGUAACUUUGAUGCAAUAAAAUGUAAUUUUUACAGUUUUUAA